AUGGGCCUCACACUCGGCGUUCUUCACGAAGCACUCGUCACUUAUCACAACAAAUCUGAUGAGGAGGCCGAUCUUUGUCAAGUUGCUUACUGCGAGAUGCAUCCAAUGGUGUACUUCGACGUCGGCACCAAGUACGGAAUUCCCUUUGGACGAGUGAUUGUUGAACUACAUCAAAACGCCCAACCCAAACUCGUCGAGCAUUUCCUUCAGCUAUGUAUUGGAAUCUCUCGAGGAUCGCGAACAAAAUCGUUGAGUUAUCGAAAUGCACGAAUCUGCAGCCUUGAUGCGAAACAAAAGACUUUGCUCGUUGGCAAUGUUGAGAAUGGUCGAGCAACUUUCGUUCCUUCAUCGCUUGGCGGAGUCGAGGUGAUGGCCGAUCCACAAAGGACCGCACUUCGAGCAUUCAAAGGUGGCUCUCUCGUCCUCCUGCCCUUCUCGUUCGAUUCGAAUCGUUUCUCAUCGUUGUUUUAUUUUUAUCUUGGUGAUGAAAGGGAAAUCAAUGAUGGGCUUGUUGUUGGGAAAAUUGUUGAAGGUCAUUCUCUUCUCUCCAAUUUGAUCAGUGACUACUCAUCUCCAGCCGGCAAUCUACUCAAAAAGAAAGGCGAGCUCCGCAUUGUGAAUUGUGGUCGUCUC